AUCUCUGUCCAGACUCAGACACAGCUUAGAGAGAGAGAGAGAGAAGCAGAAGAGAGGAAAGCGAAAGCGAAAAAGCUUGAACUUGAGCUUCAUCUGAACCGGAGGAAGAAGAAGAAGAGAAACAACAACAAUGGCGAAGUCCGGUGGCCUUCUGCUGUUGGCUGCUAUCUUCAUAGCGACCCUCGUAAUAUCGUCCUCCAAAGUCGAUGCCAGUGGCGAUUAUCAAAUAGAUUGGCUUCCGAUGAGAUCUACGUGCGAUGGCUCGAUCGGGGAGUGCCUUGACAGUGACGAGUUCGAAAUGGACACAGAGAUCAACCGGCGCGUUCUAGCAACCACCCGUUACAUAAGCUAUGGAGCCUUGAAGCGCAAUAGCGUCCCUUGCUCAAGAAGGGGUGCCUCUUACUACAAUUGUAAGAGAGGAGCUCAAGCUAACCCUUAUCGCCGUGGUUGCAAUCGCAUUACUCGAUGCCGAAGUUAAUUUUCUUCCUUUUUUUCUCCCCAAUCUUUCUUCCUCUUCCCCUUCAUCUUCUUCUUCUUCUAUUUUUCUUUUUUCUGGUAAAGAGGGUUGUGGGGAUGGAGUGGAGUGGGUUGGUUUGUGGGAAAGGAGGAGAAGGAAAAGGUUGGUGUUGCUCUGUGUAAGGAAGAAAUUGGGGAUAUGGUGAUAUUUCUCUUAAUCAUAAUAAUAAUUUGGUUUCUUUGUGUAGAACAA